AUGGCAGACUCUCGGCCAAAAGACAAACCCUUCGACCUCAUCCAACGCGGGGUCAAGAGGACCAGCGUACCAGGCAUCCUGACCUUCGUCGGCCUUCGCGGUCUUGAUCCAAUACUCCAAUACAAGCUCAUCGCUGGUGGUUGGGGCGCCUCCCUCCUCUCCAAACUCGGUCUCAAUGUCGUUCUGCCCCUCACUGCCGCCUCCAACACGGGCAUCGCCCUCAUCGACAACCUCAACCUUCCCCUCCCGCACCUGAUCCUCCUCGGCAUGUCUGUUGGCUCCUUCGCCAAGCAGGCGUACUGGGUCGUCAGUGUUUGUGCUGAAGAGUUCGGCCCCUCUGCGGCUGUGCCCGUGAGCAUUUACAACACACUCGUGAAUAGCGCCAACUCAUUACUCUUCCUCGCCGCCUCGACCUCCGUCUUGGCCUCUCCUCUCUACUUCCCCGGCACCUCUCUGCCGUACCAGGCCGUCCUCGGAAGUGCCCUGUUCGGCAUCGGCAUGUUCCUCGAGACCGCAUCCGAAGAGCAGCGCAAGCAUUUCAAGGCGAAGCCUGAGAACCAGGGCAAGGUCAUUCGCGAGGGCCUCUGGAGCUGGGCGCGUCACAUCAACUAUGGUGGUUAUGCUCUUUGGCGCGCGGGCUACUGCAUGGCUGCGUCUGGCUUCAUCGGCGGUACCAUCAUGGGUGUUGGACAGGCAUUCGACUUUGUCUCGCGCGCCGUGCCGGUAUUGAACGAGUACUGCACCAAGAGGUACGGCGAGCAGUGGGAUCAGUUCAAGAAGGAGACGAAGUGGGUUAUCCUACCUGGCAUCUACUAG